GCGGGGCGCGGCGGGGCGCGCGACUGCACCAGGCGGCGAUGGCGGCGGACGGGGACUGGCAGGAUUUCUAUGAGUUCCAGGAGCCGGGCCUGAGCCUCCAGGACCAGGAGAACUGUAACGCGAGCCCCGAGGCCGAAGCAGGUCCGGGCGGGGGAGGCGACGGCUUCCCAGCGCUGGCCUGCAGCUUGGAGGAAAAGCUGAGCCUGUGUUUCCGUCCCUUGGGUCCGGGUGCCGAGCCCCCCAGGGCGGCCGUGCGGCCCAUCACCGAGUGCAGCCUCCUGCAGGGGGACGAGAUUUGGAAUGCCCUGACAGAUAAUUACGGAAAUGUAAUGCCUGUAGACUGGAAGUCAUCCCAUACUAGGACCUUACAUUUGCUUACUCUGAACCUCUCAGAAAAAAGGACGAGUGACAGCUUGCUCUUUGAUACCUCAGACGAUGAGGAGCUGAGAGAACAGCUGGAUAUGCAUUCAAUCAUCGUCUCCUGCGUUAACGACGAGCCCCUCUUCACGGCAGACCAGGUGAUUGAAGAAAUCGAAGAAAUGAUGCAGGAGUCACCAGACCCAGAAGAUGAUGAAACACCCACCCAGUCAGAUCGGCUUUCAGUGCUUUCCCAGGAAAUUCAAACUCUUAAGAGGUCUAGUACAAGCAGUUAUGAAGAGAGAGUGAAAAGGCUGUCUGUAUCUGAAUUAAAUGAACUGCUGGAAGAAAUCGAGACGGCCAUCAAGGAGUACUCUGAAGAGCUGGUACAGCAGCUGGCCCUGCGAGAUGAACUGGAGUUUGAAAAGGAAGUGAAGAACAGCUUUAUUUCAGUUCUCAUUGAAGUGCAGAACAAACAGAAAGAGCACAAAGAAACAGCCAAAAAGAAAAAGAAACUCAAGAACAGCAGCUCUCAGAAUGGGAAGAACGAGAGAAGUCACCUGCCCGGCACACGCUUCAGCAUGGAAGGGAUCUCAAAUGUCAUUCAGAAUGGCCUCCGCCACACCUUUGGAAAUUCAGGUGGAGAGAAACAGUACUUGACAACAGUCAUUCCUUAUGAGAAGAAAAAUGGACCACCAUCUAUUGAAGAUCUUCAAAUAUUAACAAAAAUUCUUCGUGCCAUGAAAGAGGAUAGUGAAAAAGUUCCGAGUUUGUUAACUGAUUAUAUACUGAAAGUUCUGUGUCCUACAUAGGGCAGCAUAACUUCAGGAACAGCUUUAUCUUCCGUGGACAGCAAACUAAAUUGCUUAUAGCAUUAUUCUGAAAGCUGGCUACCAUUACCUUCCUGCUAUUGGAAACUCAGGACACCUGAACUUGGGUUUGUGAUUCAGUAUUACUAGAUCAUGCCUUCUCUAAUGCUUUAUAUUACGAACCGAGGGAACUAUGGCACUAUUUUGAAUUCUAUAGAUGGUUUUUUGUUAAAUACUAACAAUUAUGAACUCUUCUCUUUUCCAGCUUUAUAGAGUAAGGGGGAGUGAUGUUAAUUGUGCACGUGCAGUUAUAUUUUUCAUGCCUGUUUGAGUUUUUAAGGCUUUCUAGAUCUAAACUGCACUCACUCAAGAACUAGAUCAAAGCAUUGAGAGAUUUAUACUCGUUAUUUUUCAGUGCUGGCAAGACUGAUUUUUUUGUAAGAGAAUUGUCAGUGUAAAUAUUACCUACCAGUAUUGUCCAGAGAGACUAAGACUUAAAAAUUGAGGUGUUCUUGGAAGAAGGGAAACCAGAAUAUGCGUUGUCUUGGCUUAAUACUUAGUCAAUAUCGAAACAGCUGGAGAUGACUGAUUUUAGAGGUUGCUGCGCUUCACCAUUGUUCAUAUUUUAACCAUUAAGAUGCCAUUUACUUUCAGAAUCUUGUAUUGUUUAACUUUAGAGGUUUCAGUGCUUCAUUUCACUUGUCUGUGAAGAAGUGUCCUUUAAAAGGAGUUUGUAUCCUUUGAGGUGCUUAAGAAACUGUGUGCUGCAGCAUUGCCCAUUUCCUGUUACUGUUAUAUUUUAUUCAUGCCUAUGUGUUUUCCUAAAGUACUAAUUCUAGAAACAGCUACUCAUGGAUCCAUCACUAGUCAUGAAAAACGUUUGCCAGUUCCAAUCAAGUCAAUGUCAUUUAAUAAAUAUUGGGAAAAAAAAAGGUAAUAUACACUUGAGAGCUUUAUUUUUGAGUUUUUGGUUUUUUGAUUUUUUUCUUCCCUUAACAGUGCUGGAUCCCUCCCCUCACUGUUCACACAUUGUCCAUCAUUACAGCGUGUGAGCUGGUGAAAUCUUGAUUAGCCUCAUGAUGCUAAGGAGGGGAGAGAGGGACUUUUUUCAGAUCGUGCUAAGCUGCUGUAGAAUGAUGGAAGUCCUGUUCUUUUUCUGGGUCCGUAAGGCAUUCCUAACAGCCACGGCAGCUUCUUCCCAUUGACAACGUGAGUGUAAGUAGAGUCUGUAUAGGACCUGCUGUCGGGCUUUUAAAAUUCCACUUAAACAUCUGUGAGCAUACAGAGCUACCCGUAUUCCUGACUCUGCUCCGUAACUGGGACACCAGGACUGCAACGGCAGUGGCUCAGUUUGGAGUUGAUGCGAGCGUGGCACUUAAGCCGUUCUCUAGGAGUAUGUGGAACUUGAGAUGGUUCCUUGUUUUAUUAAUGUCUUAUUUGAAAGCGGAUAUGUGGAACCAAUUUGUCCCUUGCCCUUGAAUUGAUGAAGAGGCAUACUAAUAUAAUAAUAAUAAUUUAAUCUGAAUUUGUAAAAAUUGUCUUAUACUGAAAAAAUAUCACUUUGGAGGGCAUCCUAAAGAGUCAAGAGAUUUUUUUUUGAAGCGACUCAACAGUGGUCUGUUUAUAGUUCAUUCUUAAAUUGAUGCCUCUGAAAUGUAUGAAAAAUAUGCUAUUUUUUCCUGUCAAAGUCCCCUCUUAAUGAGGUUUCCCCUGUUUUGCUUGGUAACCUCUUUCUUCAGCAUCAGUAAAACCCUAGGGUUUCCCACUAUAAAACCUUUCUCUUACACAUGGUGAAUGAGUUUGAC